ACAACCCAUGCGUCCACGUCGACAAAAGUCGCUGCAGGAUUUGCUGUAUCAGUCGAAUUUAUCCCAUCCUCAUGAACCACAUACGAAAUGGAUCGUCUCACCUCGAGGAAGAGAAUGGCGCCCAGAGCCCGAUAUGCAUGCCUAAGGUGCCGUCGCCAGAAAUUGAGGUGCGACAAUGAACGCCCCUGCGCCCUUUGUGUGCGCUCAUGCGUCGAGUGCGAGGAGGGUGAACGUCCAACAAGGCGACGUGCGAAUGCAUCUGCAAACAAGAACGCGAAGAAGUCUUCCGAGCAGAUUGUUCCUGCAGACACCGUCCCUAGACAGACAGGAGAAACCCCGGCAAGAGACGAUGAGAAUUGUGAUCCAGAGUCAACGUCCGCCCUGACCGAGUGGCCGCCGGAUGAAUCUCGAAGUCCUGAGCGCAUGCCAUCUUUGAACCAAGAUAGGCCAUCCACCUAUGGUCUUGUGGACCAGCUCCUUCAGGGCUAUGAUUCGCAGAACGCGAAUCUGCCAGGCUCUGAGGCGAUACCGGAUGCCACACCCGAUCAUUUUUCCUCGACAAUGAUCAAUACUGGAAAAGUCGCUCGAGUAUCGGAUCUUAUUGGAUCUGACCUCCCUCCCACCGCAGCUACUCUAUUGCUCUUCGACGUCUUUAUCAAGUCGGUACAUUGGUUCAUGAUGGUCUUCCAUGAACCGUCUCUGAGGGCUGAGUUGCAGUCUAUACUCAACACCGGUUACGUUGCAGAACGUAACCUAUCCACUCUCAUUCUCAUCCUUGUGACUCUGUUAAUCGCCACCAAGUAUACCACGCACGAAGAACUCGAGAAUGUCUGUGCAGGAAUCGACGUGCCCCUUCUACAAUCAAAACUUCUCGAAACCGUUGAAACUCAUUUUCUGGCCAUUCUGGAUCAGGACAACAUUGGAACAAUACAGGUCUGCAUCCUGCUCAGCUCGUUCUAUUUCUAUCAUGGCCGACCGAAUCGUUGCUUGGCGAUCAACAGUGCAGCCGUUAGGAUUGCGCAGAACCUCAAGUUCCACCGAGAAUCGUAUUGGCGUGGAAUAGAUGUGAUUGAGAGAGAGGUUCGUCGUCGCGUCUGGUGGGCGCUUUAUGUACUCGACGGUUACGGGUCCAUCACCUACGGGACCACAACCACCAUAAAUGGGUCGAAAUGUCAAGUCAGUCUGCCUCGGAAUAUUGAUGACACGUCCGAUCGAUGCCCGGGCUUCGCUUCGUUCGAGACCUUCGAGAAUGAAAUCCCGCAGGAAGUCACAACUCUCUCGUACCAGCGAUACAAGUUCAGACUGUACCGUAUCGCCGAACCGAUCAUGGGAAAAAUUUACUUCCACGACGGACGUCCUGUCCAGGAUCUUGUCAAGAAAGUCCAGGAUAUAAACGAGCAACUAUUGGAGUGGGAAAAGAGAGUGCCACCGGAACUGACUCCGAAGUCAUUUUCUUCAUCCUCCAAGGACGCAGCUCCCGAUCCGCUUACUCGAGUGUUCCAGCUUCAGGCCCUCGCAUUGCAAUUAUCGUACGAUAACAUCCAGUUGAUCCUACACCGCCCUCUCCUCGUCUAUAAUGGGGUACUUUCUCUAGGCCCUCGCCUGAACGUGCCUCAACCGCCCAACUUGAGCACCGGGUUCUGGGAGACAAGCAAAGAGCUCUGCUGGAAUUCAGCCAGGCGCACCUCGUGCGUGGACGAAUAUCUUGCAGCCCUCAAACCUAUCCACAAUUACCACGCCACCAGCUACAUCGGCAUCCAAACUUUUACAGCGGGCGUCAUGCUGGGCAUCUUUGCGCUCUCCAAGCCAUUCUCUGCACAAGCCCAAGAAGCGAAGCGAAGCAUCGGGCGCCUGAUCAGGAUGCCUAAGCUGCUCGGUUAUCGCACAACAAUAUCAGAUCAGACUGGACUAAUCUUACAGCGACUCCUUCGCUUGAUCUUGGACGAAGAGUUGAAGGUACUAACAUCAGACGAAGUCACACCCGCAGCAGUGACCCGCCAGUCAGACAGAGGGCAUCCGACUGCUACCGCCCCGGCAACUCGAAUACCGGCUAAUUCCAGCAACAAUAUAUCCACAGCGAGCGACGAUGUACACAUACAAACUACCUCGACGUCGAAUGAGGGAUUAUCCUAUGACAGAAACGCAGUUGGAAGCUUCCAAAACAAUCCACUACUGCGAACACAAGAAGACUUCGGCAUCGAGGUCAACCCUGCAGGGGUUGUUGGCUCAUCGACCACGCAGCCUUCAAGCUACAGUCUCAUUCCUCCUAUCCAAGGCUCGGAAGAGAGCAAUGACCCUGUCGGUGAAAUGUUGUUCAACCCGUCUUUAGGUGGAUCAUUCUUUGACAGCGGAUUCCUCAAUGAGCUUGAAGAUCUCGGCCAGGGCUGGUUGUGGGAGGACUGCUACCAAUUCACGUAAAGGUGUGCAACGGAGCGCGCUACAGACGUCAUUUUCCUCAGUCCGUAGCAAUUCCGUCAACUAUACCAGAGAGCAGUCGCACCUUGAACAAAGCCAUCUCUCACACAACGCAGCAGGAUACAACUCGAUCUCUGCGGCUCUUUACUCCUCGACGUCGAAGAUAUACCUCGGAUCCUUAAGUAAUGAAAGGUACUCCUUGUACCUCACAUACUGGUCACUCUUGUCCGCCUUUGCUUGCUCACAUGCCUUUCUAUAUACAUCGUACGCCUCGUGGAACAGCGGCUUCCGGUCCACCCAACCAGUCUGGCUUCUGAGCUUUGUCGAGUCGACCCACUGAGGAAAAUUGAACACCGAGUUGACGCCAAAUUCCUUGUCGUCCUUCGGUCCUGGAUCGGCAUAGUCCACUUUCACGCCGUGGCACUUUUCCACCGCCGAGGCAAUAUCCGCGAGCGUCUCAUACGAGUGGGCAGAGAUAUUAUAGACCUGACCAGCCACCACCUGUCGCGGAGCUUCUGCGAUCGCGACAUAGGCACUUCCAACGUCGUCGACGUGCGCACCAUGUAAGAUGGCAUUGGGCGUUGAGUAAAGCGUAAAGCUGUUGCGACCGGCGGCUUUGGCAGCUUCAGCCAACAUGAAAAACACCGCAUACCAGCUGCCCCACCGGCCGAAGACCGUGGUCGGCCUCGUCACGACGGCGUCGAAUGCUUCGGCGUGAUUGAACAUACUAAGUGCAC